CUCUACUCAAAUCCUUACCUACCUACUUUAUGCUCGAUUUUCUGUGAACGAUAUGCUCCUACUACUGCUCCCCGUGAUCAUCGUAUCCUUCGUCGCUGUCUCUGUGGUGAGGCGCCGCGCCCGCAACCAGCGACAACUCGUCCUGCAAUCCCUGUCUCUACCACCCUCCACCAAAAGCCUGGGCUUUUUCCACCCAUACUGUGAUGCCGGCGGCGGUGGCGAGCGUGUUCUCUGGGCGGCUGUCGCGUACAUCCAGCGGACGCGACCAGGCGUCCUAUGCGUCGUGUACACGGGGGACGUCACUGCCACAAAAGCCUCGAUAAUAGCACAAGCACACGCGCGAUUCUCGAUCACACUCUCGCCGGACACGCUGCACUUCGUGUUCCUGCACCGGCGCUGGCUCGUAGAGGACGCGACCUACCCGCGCCUGACGCUCAUCGGGCAGAGCAUGGGCUCGGUUGCCCUGGUCGCCGAGGCGCUGUCACUCUACGUGCCGGACGGCUACAUCGACACGAUGGGCUACGCGUUCACGCUCCCCGUCGUGCGGCUACUCGGCGUGCCCGCCGGCGCGUACGUGCACUAUCCGACCGUCAGCCCGCCGAUGAUCUCGCGCGUCACGGCGCGGCCCGCGAAGCUCGCGUACUACCACGCGUUCAUGCUGCUCUACGCGCUCGCGCUGCGCCGCGCUAGCGUCGUGAUGGUCAACUCGGGCUGGACGAAGCGCCACGUCGACGCCGUGCUCGCGUACCCCUCGUUCGGGCGCGCCACCACUGUGCGCACGCGCGUCGUCUACCCCUCGUGUGACACGCGCGAGAUGGCGCGCCUGCCGCUCGCAGGGAGGGAGCUUGUGAUUCUCAGCAUUGCGCAGUUCCGGCCGGAGAAAGACCACCCGAUGCAGCUCCGCGCGCUACACUCGCUGCUGCAGAACCACCCGGAGUACGCUGCGCGGGGCGUUCAGCUGGUCAUGAUUGGCGGAUGCCGGAAUGCGAGCGACGAGGCUCGCGUGGAGGGGCUGAGGAAGCUUGCUAGCGAGUUGGGUGUCCAGGACCAUGUGCAAUUCGUGCUGAACGCGCCGUAUUCGCAGGUGCUCGCUUGGCUAGGUCGUGCAAGUGUCGGUAUGAACACCAUGCUGGAUGAACACUUCGGGAUCAAUGUUGUGGAGUUUAUGGCGGCUGGAGUGAUACCCAUUGUCCAUGCAUCCGGCGGCCCGCUCGGUGAUAUCGUCGUGCCAUUCGAAGGCCAUAUAACUGGUUACCAUGCCAAAACCCCAGAGACGUUCUCAGAAGCCAUCGAUACCUGCUUCCGGUUGUCUACUGCGGAGGAUCUCGCCAUCCGCCAGCGCGCGCGGACCUCGGCUGUUCAGCGCUUCAGCGAUGCGGAGUUCGAGGCAGGGUGGGAGGCCAGUGGCUGGUCGACGUUGCUUGGGCUUUAAACCAUACUUAACAAAAUUGUAACAUGACGCGAUCUUGUCAAGUUUCGAGGCACCGAUUUAGACUCGGAUCAAUCCCGGGGGAUUUUGACAGGACCAUCAGUCAAAUUUUCUCGGCCCGGAGCUUGUUCGAACUUCGAAGGUCGAGCAAAGCAAGUUGGGAGGACACGGUCGGUCGUCUGCGGCGGAUUCGUAACACUGCAACCGCCACCGCGCUGGCAUGUGUUUCUUAGCAACUGGCAUAUGUUUUCGCGUCUGCUCGCAGAUCUCUGAUUAUCGCGUGGCGAUUGGCUGAACAGAGUCUGUCGACAGCUUGCAGCUCGCUGAUUACCCGGCAGCGGGUACCUGUGGUCCCGCCACAGCCUGUGCCCGAGCGCACGGGCGCAUUGCGAUUAACACAGGGGUGCGGGGCCCCAGACUGCCCCAGAUCUGCCCCGCAUGCCAUUUAGGCGCGGAGUGUGUGCGCAUGGAUGUCCACUCUCUCGAGAUAUCCCAGGAACGCGCGGCUAGCGAGCGGGGGCGGGAUGCAAUUACCAUCAGUGGCAACCCAAAAUCUGCACCGCCCGUGUCAAGACUGGACCCGUGACCUGCCACUGCUGACCAGCGAAGUGCCCUCUUCGUAAAGAUGCCAAGGCACGCGCGCGCGACCACUCGGCCCCGUGAGACGAGCAAUAGUGAAUUAUAAAGCUGCAAAAUCUGCCUCGCUUAGGGCACGGUCCGAGUCGUCUGUCUGUCUGCCUGUCUAGCACGAUGAAGUCCGUCCAGGUCCUGGCUUCUGUGCUUCUCCUCGCGCGGGGCGCUUCCGCGGGGAUAGCUGCCGCGCGCGCCGCGGCGCCGCCGACCAUCACGCUCGACAAGGGCACGUUCACCGGCAAGGCGAGCAGCAGCAGCAUCCACAGCUUCCUCGGGAUCCCCUUCGCGCUUCCUCCGACUGGCGAUCUGCGGCUGCGGCUGCCGGUGGCGCACCCGGCGUACAACAGCUCGUACACGGUCACCUCGUAUGCGGACGCGUGUCCGCAGCAGGCGAUCGACCUGCCGAUCCUGACGGGCCUGCCGGCGGAGGUCGUGGACUACAUCGCCAACACGGCGUUUGGCGCGAUCUUCCCGGCGCAGGAGGACUGCCUGUACCUCAAUGUCAUCAAACCGGCGACCGCCACUCCGACUUCGAAGCUGCCGGUGGUCGUGUGGAUCUUUGGUGGCGGGUUCGAGUUGGGCAGUCCCGCGAUGUACGACGGAACGAGCAUCGUUCAGCGGUCAAUCGACAUGGGCGAGCCAGUGAUCUACGUCUCGAUGAACUACCGGGUCGCCGCGUUUGGCUUCUUGGCCAGCAAGGAAGUACGCGCCGCCGGUGUCGGCAACCUCGGUCUGCAGGACCAACGCCAGGCCCUGCGCUGGGUGCAGCAAUACAUCGGAGCCUUUGGCGGUGAUCCGACCAAAGUCACCAUCUGGGGGGAAUCAGCCGGUGCCAUUUCUGUUGCGCUCCAAAUGCUCAGCAACAACGGGGAUCCACAAGGGCUCUUCCGCGCCGGUUUCAUGGAAUCUGGAUCCCCGAUCCCCGUCGGGCCUCUCGAAAACGGCCAACCGUACUACGACGCUAUCGUCGACAGAGUCGGGUGCAACACUGCUGCCGACACUCUUGCGUGUCUCCGCACAGUGCCGUACAACACUCUCAAAGCGGCACAGGACGCGAGUCCCGGCAUCUUUGCUUAUCAGUCCUUGGUCCUCGCCUUCCUUCCCCGCGAAGACGGCGUAUUCCUCACGGCUAACCCCCAGCAACUCGUGCUGCAAGGCAAAGUUGCCAACAUCCCGUUCGUCACGGGCGACUGUGACGACGAGGGCACGCUGUUCUCGCUCUCCACGCUCAACGUCACCACCGACCAGGAGUUCCGCGACUACAUCGGACAGUAUUGGCUGCCGUCUGCAGCCUCCGCGCAGCUCGACAAGAUGCUCAGCAUCUACACCAACUCGAUCACAGCCGGGUCGCCGUUCGACACCUUGGUGCUGAAUGCGCUGACGCCGCAGUUCAAGCGCAUGGCUGCCUUCCAGGGCGACGGCGUCUUCCAAGCACCCAGACGAUUCUUCCAGCAGCAGCGGUCGGGAAAACAGAACCAGUGGGCCUUCCUGAGCAAGCGACUCAAAAUCGUGCCGAUUCUCGGCUCGUUCCACUUCAGCGACAUCCUCAAUAUAUAUGGGAGCGGCGAGCUCAAAGACUACCUGAUCAACUUUGCGAACAAGCUGGACCCGAACGGCGCGACCGUGCCGAAUUGGCCGUCCUACACGACCCAGACCCCGAACAUGAUGACGUUCCUGGACGGGCUGUUCCCCACGACCAUCUCGCAAGACACGUACCGCGCGGAGGGAUUCCAGUAUCUGACGAAUCUGACUCUGCAGUUCCCGCUUUGAGGGACGUUGACUUUAAAUGGGGAUGGGAAAUCUGCGAGAUGUCUUGUAGGGAUAAAAUUUUCGAUAUUUACAGCAUUGCUCUGUGUAUGGCUAGUCGAAAACGAAAACUGGAUGAAAUGAUACAGAUUGGGCUCGGUCGGGA